GCGGAAGUCAGUCUUCGCAUCGUGUCUUUUCAACUCUUCCUACCUGCUAGCUGGCGCAAAUAUACAGCCAGGAGCUCAGACCGAACUUAUAAGCGCUCCCUCAAAAACCACCCAAUGCGUCCUGUCAUCCUGCUGAGCGCGCAACUGCGCUCCGCACUUCCCCGGAGCGUGCGGAGAGACCUCAACAGCAAGCUAUUUGCUCGGUUGAAGACGACCCAGAACCCUGUACCUCCGCCGAAGCCCAGUGCUCCUUUUAUUAAGCGGAAGGAGCCUCUUGCACCCCGGAAUCCGCAGACAUCUCCUACCAAGCAUGCCAAAUUGACGUUUCGCAAAGGGCCACCGGAAAAGAUCGUGGUGUAUUAUAGCGGAAAAGGAAAGACAGCUGUGGUGGGAACAUUGAAGCUCGUUUCUCUCUUAAUAUUCGGGGUUUCCUGUUUUCUUCUUGCUCCAGCAUUCGCAUCAUCGGACGAGCAUCCAUGGUACCUCGCCCCCGCAAUUGCAAUUGGCGGUACUCUUCCGAUGAUCUUCAUCCUCUACACUACAUCUCCAUUUGUCGUUUACGUGCACGUUGCCAUCCCCGCUUUUGCCCGCCGCUCUCGCGAGACUAUGAUUGAAUAUGUGAAGAACCUGCCGCCCACGGCCACCUUGUACAUGACCACCAUUCGGCCAACUUCGCUUCCUCAACAGACAGAGGUCAGGCUGGGUGACUUGGUUCUCAACAAGUCUUUUCUCCGGCCUAUAACCUUUACCAAUUCGAAGCCCGCGCCCUCUCCAUGGUGGGCAGGAAAAACCCCUCAACACUUCUACACGGAUGUGAAGGCCCAGCGCUCGACUGAAUACCCGAACUACUUCCCUGCGUUGUGGGAUAAUGUGUACAAGCAAAUCCAGAAUAAGGGCUUGAAGAAACAGAACUGAGAGAUUCACUGAACUUGUUUGAUACCAAUGGCAGAGUAGGAGCUUGAUGGUACAUAAUCAUCGCCAAGGUCCCAGUCUGUUUUUGCUGUUUGCUUCGUGACCAGCAAAGCGAGCUGGCUUCAGCUCAUUCACAGCAACUUAGUUCUAUCUCUGCUGUUGCACCAUUUGAU